CGCACAGGGCCGUCAGUCGCCGCCGCCGUCUCCGCCCCGUCACACCCGACUCGGUCCGCAGCUCCAGCCAGCCGCAUCACUCGGUGUCAGCGCAGUCGGCCUCGACAGACCCGGGCGGUCGACUCUCGUCUGAACUCCGUCCCUGCGAGUGGCCAGCAUGUCGAUGGCGUGGUUACCAGCGCGGGGAGCGGCGCUGCUGCUCGCGGCCGUCUGUGUCACCCUGCACGCCACCUGUGCCAUGGAAAAGGACUUUUGGAAGCCGGAGCCGCUCUACCGACCGGUGCGUGCUGCCGAGAACAUCACGCGCGCGGCCCGCCAGCGGCGCACCGCUGACCUGGCGCUGGCCAUCCCCGACGGCGCCGUGAUCGGCAUCCUGCCCAAAUUCGGCUGGCUUCUCUACGAGGGACACAGCCACGAAGAGCUGGACUUCCGCCUGGAGACGGAGUUUUUGUACCGUUUCCCGCGCUCCAGGGCGUCCAAGGUGGGUCUGGAGCGUGCCGACUACUUUGGCGAGGAGACGGGCAACUACUGGGAGUCUCCCCACAUCCUGCAGCGCAAACGGCGCGAGGUGCGCGACAACCGUAUCAUCCGCGACAAAAAGAUGAUCUACAAGGGCAUGAUGAACAUGUUCCGCAGGUUUGGUAUGGACGGUAAGCUGUGUCUGAUGAAGACGGUGUGCGAAAUCUCGUCGUCGCCGCUGCUGUUCGAUGGCCUGGUGGGAGAGCUGCUCAACAUCGCACUCAUCCCGAGUCACAAGCUGGGUUCCGGCCCCGGCCUGGACGACUACAGGGACGCAGAGAAGCUGGGCGCCGAGGGCGGCGACUGCGCGGCCGCCUACUCCGAGUGUCCAGUGUCGCUGUUCCGCAGCCGGAAAAUCGCGUAACGUCGCACCGUAACGCGUCACGGCGCCGGUACAAAGUGUUGUUACGGUGUCACGGUUGUUACGGUUGUUACCGUGUGACGGGCUAACCUGUACGACACAGAGACGCCAAGUUGUUACAAUGCUUUGCUCAGCUAGUUGUUGAAACUAAUUGUUACGAUGUUUUGUUGCUAGUAAAUAGGUGUGCGCUGUUGUUCGCAUUCCGUUUAACGGGAAUGAGUAUGUUAUGAGAGUCGUCCAGCAUAUGUCGUGGCUAUUUAUUUCUUUCGCUUGCUCUUUGUGACCAGACUUAUUCGGAGGCAUCUGGGGCCCACGGACGUCUCGACAUUCCAGUGCGCUGUCAAGUCGUAUUGAUUGCGUCGCGUUUAAUGACUACCCGGAGUUGUUUGUUUAUGGUGCGUUCGGUUCAAAGUGAGCCGCCUUACCCAUGCGUGACGCGUUGAGCCAUCCAUUUACGGUCACGUAAGAAUGGCCAGUCUAUCCGGGCCUGCUGUUCUUGUGACUGUCAGGACGUUUCUCGGGGGAGGGCGGCACUUUCAGUCUGCCUUCCAGGGACCGUCCUCAGCAAAACGGCGCUCUGAAAAUCAACAACGUCGUGGCCUCCGAUGCAAUCCCAAAAGUUUGUUAACUGUACCGAUUUUGGGACAUUUCUCGAUGAACUUUGAAGUGCCAAGCACAAUGUAAAAAAAAAAAAAAAAAAAAACACGAGUGUGGUGACCUCACCCAGCACCAUCUUUGGGCUGACACAGUGUUACUGAUGUUAAAUGUCAUCAUGUUGUUAAUGUUAUCAUAUGUCAUCAAUAACAAUACAUAUGAAUACACUUUC